AUGCAAGAUGUCGAACGAUUACGACUGACUGGUGAUGGAAUAAUUUUGCCCCUAUUUCCGCUCGUAGUGUCUGGCAGCAGGUAUAAAUGGGACCUCAAUCACCCAAUCAUCCUUACUGCGCUUGGUUAGUGUGUUGUUUCUGUGCAACGGAUGCAUCUGGCAAGUACAAUGCAUCAUUGGCAGGGCAAUCGUGUAAUACUGUGGGGCUUCGCAUUGAUAAUCCUACCGACGGUGGUAGGGUUUGUGUACGGAGCAAAGAGUGCUGUUAAGAGCAACGAUUACAGUGAAACAGUUGCUACAUUUGUGCUUCGCUUUAUACGUGACCAUAAAGGCUUAAAGCAGGGCAUCGUUUUCGGGUGUGAUCAGAAGUUAUUGCUCAUUUACAAGGUUUUAUCGCAAUUGACCACCGCCGGCGUACGCGUAAGGACGGUGUCGACGGACCCAAGCUCGUCACUUGGCAUGGACACGGCUGAGCACGAGCGGUUUUCGAGCACUCUUCGACAGUCGCUUGAAUUUCAUCAAUUUGUGCUGCUCGAUAUGGCUUGCGAAAGCGCACCGGAUGUUCUGGGACAGGCCUCACAAUAUGAACUUUUCAACGCAUCAUUCCAUUGGCUGAUAAUUGAUAAAAAUUACAAUAGCAUCGUGGAUGGCAAAAAGAUGGCCGCAGGCAUUCCUGCCCACUUUUCGACUACUGGAUUUACGGUCAAGAAUAGUGCAGUGUCCAGUGCGGGCAAACCGGUCGGCACGAUGCAAUCCUUCGUCAACGAUACUGUGCUGGAGAGCAGUAGGACGAACGACCCUGGUCCGACAGCUAGUAGCGUCAACACCCGAGCGAAUGCCAAGGGCGAUACCUUCGAACUGUUAGCAACAAUGAACGUUAGCAUCAAUGCAGAAAUAACCGUUGCAAGGCCGACGGAUACAUCCUAUCGGGGAUUCACACUCUAUGAUCUCUGGAAUCCUGGUUUCAUCAGUGGCGGUAAAUUGAAAAUAGAAUCGCUGGGCAGAUACUCUGCAACCGAAGGGCUGCAGAUAGAGAAGCGCGAAACGACUGUGGUCCGCCGACGGAACAUGGACGGGCUGAAGCUAAAGAUAAUGACCGUGGUGACACAGAAACCACAUCAACCGUUCGAGCGGUACCUUACGACGCCACAGAACACCCAUCUCGAUUCCGUCCAUCGCUACAACUACGGCCUGAUGAGCAUGCUGAAGGACUUCUACAACUUUACCUUCGUCAACUGGCGCACCAAGAGUUGGGGAUAUUUGCGGAACGGUAAGUUUGACGGUAUGAUCGGUGCGUUGUCUCGCCGAGAGGUCGAUCUCGGCGGUUCGCCCAUGUACUUUCGCCAGGAACGGCAUCGGGUCGUCAGCUACACUACCCGCACCUUCAUAGAACGGCCCUGCUUCAUCUUUCGCCAUCCGCCGCGCAACGAUGCGGUAAAGAAUCCGUUUUUGCUGCCAUUCGAAAUAAUCGUUUGGUACUUGAUGGUUGCCUGCGGUUCAGUCUUGGUGAUGGUUUUGUGCUUGAGCUUCUUCGUCGAAGAUGCAGCAAUAAUGUCGUUGCUGCAGCAAACACCGCACACGGAACAAUAUGGAGCAAAGCUGGGACAAUCUUCCCCCUGGCCGGGACCGGUGCAGCAAGCCUCGCGCACCACGGAUGCAGCCGGCUCAUCUCGUUGGCGAUGGAAAAUAUGCCACUGGCUAUAUCCGGUGGAUUGUCGUCAGCUCGUACGUUGCAAUGGCGGUGGCGCUGCUGCUGCUGCUGCUGCUGCUGGAUCCACGGCACACAAUUGCCAUAACAAGACCGUCCCAGCAAACAUAUCGUCGACGCAUCGAUUCCAUCCGGGAGACGGAAACGACGGCGCCAAAUGCAAUUAUAAAGCGGAAAAGGUAUCGAAAAGCAUUUUACUCUUUCUCGGAGGCGUGUGUCAACAAGGAUUAUCCGAGAUACCGCACCUAUCAUCCGGCAGAUGUACGUCAUUUUUCAUCCUGCUCUUCGGCUACCUCAUGUACCAGUACUACUCGGCCAGCAUCGUCGGCACGCUGCUAAUGGAGCAACCGAAGAGCAUAAAAACGUUGAGGAAUUUGAUUGACAGCCGGCUAACGCUCGGGAUCGAGGAUAUUCCCUAUUCCAGAGAUUACUUUGUGCGCACGACCGAUGCUGAUUCGCUGGAACUGCACCGGACCCGGAUCGAGUACUACGAGCCAAAAAUGGGACGCAACGAGUCCCACUUUCUAGCGGCGGCCGACGGUCUGCAGCUGGUGCGGGACGGUGGUUACGCUUUUCACGUGGCCAUUUCGGCCGCCUACCGCAUCAUCCGGUUGACGUUCAGCGAGCGGGAAAUUUGCGAACUGAGUGAAAUUGAUAUGUUCCCCGUCUGGUCGCAGUGGAUGGUGGCGAUCGUACAGAAAAACUCACCGUAUCGCGAUGUCAUAACAUACGGAUUACGCCGGUUGAAUGAAGCGGGAUUAAUGCAGCGGCAGAGACACGUUUGGCAGGAACCGAAACCGAAAUGCGUUCGCCAGAUUGCCCCAACCGAUUUGAUCGUCGGUUUGGAUGCGGUAGUGUCGGCGUUCGUGCUGCUGUGCGGCGGAAUCGUUCUGUCCGUUUGCGUGCUGUUCGCCGAAAUCCUCUGCCAUCGGAUCGAACGUCAUCGGCACGGAUGUCGCCGGCGGCUGGGACGGAAUCGUUUUGUAAUGAUGACGAAGCAGCAUAGCUUAGUGACAGAAGCUGGCAGGAAUGAUACGGAAUUGUUGUACGUUGAAUAG